AUGUCUUCCCAGCAGCAGCAACAGCAGCAGCAGCAGCUGCCCCAGAAGGCCCAGCAGCAGCAGGUGAAGCAGCCUUGUCAGCCACCGCCUGUCAAAUGCCAAGAGACGUGUACACCCCAAACCAAGGAGCCAUGUGCUCCCCAGGCCAAGAAGCAAGGCCCACCCAAGGGCACAGCCGUCCCUGCCCAGCAGAAGUGCCCCUUGGCCCAACAAGCCCCGAAGAGUAAACAGAAGUAA